GCUUUUGAGAGCUGUGGUGGGUUCUUGCUUUAUUGCCCGGCCUGGUUUGCGAAGAUGCGGAAGGUGGUUUUGAUCACCGGGGCGAGCAGUGGCAUUGGCCUGGCCCUCUGCAAGCGGCUGCUGAUGGAAGAUGAUGAACUUCACCUGUGUUUGGGGUGCAGGAACAUGAGCAAAGCAGAAGCUGUCCGUGCCACUCUGCUGGCCUCUCAUCCCACCGCCGAGGUCACCAUUGUGCAGGUGGAUGUCAGCAACCUGCAGUCAGUGUUGCGGGCCUCCAACGAACUUAAGCAACGGUUUCAGAGAUUGGACUUUGUAUAUCUAAAUGCUGGGAUCAUGCCUAAUCCACAGCUAAAUAUCAGAGCACUUUUCUCUGGCCUCUUUUCAAGAAAAGUGAUUCAUAUGUUCUCCACAGCUGAAGGACUGCUGACCCAGGAUGAAAAAAUCACUGCCGAUGGGCUCCAGGAGGUGUUUGAAACCAAUGUCUUUGGCCACUUUAUCCUGAUUCGGGAACUGGAACCUCUCCUCUGUCACAGCGACAGUCCAUCUCAGCUCAUCUGGACGUCAUCUCGCAACGCAAAGAAAUCUCUUUUCAGCCUUGAGGACUUCCAGCACAGCAAAGGCCAGGAACCUUACGCCUCUUCCAAAUAUGCCACUGACCUUCUGAAUGUGGCGUUGAACAGGAACUUCAACCAGCGGGGUCUGUAUUCCAGUGUGGUGUGCCCAGGUGUAGUACUGACCAAUUUGACAUAUGGAAUUCUACCUCCUUUUAUAUGGACACUGCUGAUGCCAAUCAUAUGGCUGAUGGACCUAGAUGAAGGCACUGCUGAAAAAUUUUACCAGAAGUUACUGGAACUGGAAAAGCGUGUUAAGGUCAACAUUCAAAAAAGAGAUAACCAGAGCUGAUGAUGACACUCUUUGAACAUCUCGUACCUUGUGUGCACUCAGGGACACAUGGCUUUCCAUUGGGUUGGCUGUUAUGCACUUAUAGUAGAACGUGAGCUACGAGUACCUCUUUUCCUUCCUUUCAGAAUUGUCUCUAAGACUAUAUAUGUGAGUGUGCGUGAAUGCACAUGAGAAAAAGAUUGAUAAAGUAUAAAUGUCAAUUAGAUAUUCUCCAGAAUAGUGUCACAUCAAAAUCAUUAGAGUCACUCAACAGAGUAUCUGUUUAUAUUCUGCCAACUGGAGCGCAAGCUAAGCUCCUUGGGAUAAAGUGUGGACUUGAAUAAUUGUGAUGCAGGCACACACUGGUCCUCCCUUUGGCCCGUCCACAGCAAGAAGUACUGCCCACUUUCUGAGUGAUGGUCUUGGCUUUGUUCCUUUCCUUGUGAGCAGUUUUCUUAGGAAAAUUUCUUUUGCCUUAUUUCUUCCUGCAUGUGCUACAAACAUAUGGAGGAAGAAAUCCUAACAAUCCUAAUGUGGAUGCCCAUGUGGUUAAUAACAGAACGAAAAUAUAUAUGUAUUUAGGUCACUUGAAUUAUUUCUUUUUUAAAAAAUAUGUUUUAUUGAUAUUGAGGCAAUUCAUGCUAAUAUUGGGCCUGACCCUUAAUACCGUUUGCAAAUUUGUCCAUUAGUGACCGACACAUUUUCAUGAUCAUAUUUUAAUAGAUAUAAG